AAUCUUCCAAAGGUGACAGGAAAAGAAAACAAAAACGCAUUACUCCUCCAAUCCAGCAGGGGACGGUAAUGAGAACGCGCACGCACACACACGCACACACACAUACGCGUUAACGUCUGUCAUCAGCUGUCAAACGGCGUAAGUUUGAUGCUCUCCAUAUGUUUAGUGUCCCUUAAAGUAAAUUAGAAAAAGAAGACGCUCGGAAGCUCUGUCUAUAUCUGUGAACGAUGAGUAUAACGUUCCACGUGAAAGUGAAAGCGAGUCAGUUCCACGCUUGAAGAGGGCUGAUGUGCUGAUAGCGGAUCAUUCAGGUGGAUUUCACAGGCGGUGAAUGAUGAGCUGGUUCGGCAGAAACGCAGUGAUCGGUCUCGGAGUCGGUGUGACGGUCAGUACCGGUCUGAUCGCGUUAUUAAUCAUUAAAGACACUCUGAGAAGGAGAACCCGCCGCCUGCUACUGCACGACACGAGCUCCGGGCUGCUGAACGACACGGUUGAGACGGCGGCCCUCUCUGCAGCGGUGAGGGGUUUGUCCCCUGAGCAGGACGUGGAGCUGAGGAAGACUCUGGAAGAUGUGAUGAAGAGCGUGUCCAGUCUGCGGAAUGAGAUCGCUGAGAUGCGCGAGGGUCUGAGGGACAUCACCACCACCAUAGCUGAAGAUGUGAAGAGGACUGUGGAGGAGAGUCGGAGAUCUAGGCGGCGACGUGCCUUUCUGCCAAGGGAGCGUUCUGAAUCCGUGAGCUCCAGCUCCAUUUAUUUCACUGCCAGCGCGGGACCGGACAGUCUCUAUGGCGACAGUGAGGUUGGAUACUCCACGGCCUACUCCAACGCUGAGUCCGACUACACGGACAGGGAGACGGAUAAAGACGGUGAGGACGAGAGGGACUCGGACGAGGCGGAGAGCUGUGCCACAGUGCUCACGCUGAGACAGGAAGAUGAUGAAGACGUCGGGUUGGCGGUGGACUCUUUGUUGGAAGUUCCCAGCGUUGAACUCGCCCUCCUGCUCGCCCAGUCUGAUCUGCUGCAUGCAGGGGAUUCUGGGAAAAAAGCAGAGGGCUUUCAGUUGUUGACGGAGAACAGGCCGCUGUACGGCGAUAACGUGGAGUUUGUGUGGCGAUUGGCUCGUGCCUACAAAGACAUGUGUGAAACAACAGACAGCAGAGAAGAAAAGAGAAACUACGCUGAGCAAGGUCAUUAUGAGGUCGAGGCGGCGCUGAACAGGAACGGACUGAGCGCUGAAUGUCACAAAUGGUUUGCCAUCCUGGCACAUGUGUCUUCACAGCAUGAGAGCAUUCAUGGAAAAGUAAAAAGCAGUUAUGUACUGAAGGAGCAUCUGGACCGAGCCCUAGCUCUGCAUGAUGAUGAUCCCAUAUGUUUCUACCUGCUCGGCCGCUGGUGUUUGGAGAUGAGUUCUCUGAGUUGGUUGGAGAGGAAAACCGCUGCUACGCUUUAUAAAACUCCUCCCAUGACCUCAGUGAACGACGCUCUGGAGAACUUUCUUAAGGCGGAAGAGUUAAAUCCAGGCUCCUCCAGAACAGUGAGGCUUUAUAUUGCCAAGUGUCAUAAGGAGCUUGGAAACAUCUCCGAGGCCAGAAACUGGGUCCGGUUAGCACUGAGCACAUCAACCGAAACAAAUGAGGAUGCUGGAAACAUUGCUUUACAGGAGGAGCUAAAGGCUUUGAUUGACAACACAGCUGACCUAUCGACAAGCCGUUUGAAUAAUUAGGGUGGGGUCUCAGCUGUCCUCAAAUCAUUCUCAUAUUUCACCUGGCAAUUGCUUGAUUUUAAUACUGUGGUUUGCGUUAAGCUGCCAUGACUGUUUGCAGUGGAUGUUCAUUUAUAUUUUCCAUGCAGAAAACUAUAUUAGUAUUAAAUACAACAUUUGACUAGUAUUAUGUGAAAAUGUUAUCAGUAACAUCUCUACGUCCUGCACAAUGUCCUACAUUUCAUUCCUUUUAAAAAUAAUUGAAGGUAGCAUUAAAAUCAUUCCUAUUUUUUCAUAUUUAAACAUGCUUAUGUAACCAUUCACAAAACUGCCUUUGUUCAUAUUUGAUUUUAUAUGUGGUGAUAUGAA